AUGGAAGGACUCGGAAUGCCAGAAGGAUUUGACGAGGCAGUUUACCUAAUUGAAAUUAACAACUGCGUAAAAGACUACUUGCGCAAGGUCAUGAAGCCCAAGGUCAAGUUCACCGCUAUUUCUGGAAGGUCUACACUUCAGCUCGAGACUUCGACUGGAAUUCCAAUUCAAAUACCAGAAAACACUCCUUUCGACGACAUAAAGCAAGCAAAGAAAGAAGCUCUUCUCAAGUUCUUUGCCAAGC